GCUUGUCUAGAAAAUGAUGUUACGGAAAUGGACAGUAGACACCACCAGGUUGGGCAAGUUAUAUAGCACGGCAUGUCGGAAAAGCAGGCGGAGCUAGCCGAGAGACACCCACCCAAUUAUGGUGCCCGCGGGGGGAGAGCAGCAGCAGGCGACACGACGGCCUGCCGGCCUCGGGCUACUCGCCUUCCUCUGCUCCUCGCUGCUGCUCCACGCGCUGUUCCUCGCGCACCACUUCCUCUCGCCGUCCCGGCUCCUCGCCGAUGGCGGCGGCUGCGGGCUGAGCUGGGCGCUGCGGGCGGCCAGGGAGGCCGAGGCGGUGGCCGCCGCCGGCUGCUCGGGCCACGGGCAGGCGUUCCUGGACGGCGUCGCCGGCGAGGACGGGCGGCCGGGGUGCGAGUGCAACGCCUGCUUCGGCGGGCCAGACUGCUCGCUCCGCACGCCCAACUGCACCGCCGACGCCGACAGCUAUGGCGUCGCGCGCAUUGCUCUGAAGACAACGGGGCCGAUCAUGCCGCCAUUAUUUCUGCUCCUGUUGGUGCAGGCGUACAGGCUGCAGUCCGCGAUGUUCGACGGCCGCGAGUACAGGUGGGGCGGAACCACGGCUCGCUGGGCCAACGCGUCGCGGAACUCCUCCACCGACAGCGGCUUCAUCGAGUUCGUCACGUCGCCCAACAACCCCGACGCCAUGCUCCGCGAGCCCGCCCUCCGCGGCUCGCCGGCGGCGAUCUUCGACCACGCCUACUACUGGCCGCACUUCACGCACAUCCCGGCGCCGGCCGACGAGGACGUCAUGCUGUUUACCAUAUCCAAGCCCUCCGGCCACGCCGGCAGCAGAUUCGGGUACGUACGCGCAACACGCACGGGCAGGGCGAACUGACACGUCGUCUCACGUCUGGUGCGUCACUGCUGAUCACUGCCAGCGCCAGCGAGGUCUUGCGGGUUUGCCAUCCAUCCAUUAUUCCAUCCACAGAUCCACUGCACACCGGAUCUGAAUCUGAACUGAACAGCACGGUGCACCGAUGAGAGCUGAGAAGUCUGGAGCUAUGAAUCACCGACACUUCACUGACCCAGCCGUACCCGUAUCCGGUACUUGCGUAUCCAAUACUUCGAUAUUCCGAUAUUCUCUCUAUACUAUCACUGUGUCGCUUUUUAAACUCAUAUCGUAUAUCGCCGUACCGAUACUGCUGUACCCGUAUCGCGUAUCGGUGAUACAUAGCUGUGGAGA